UUAAAAACAAAAGGAUUGUUUAUUAAACAAAAAGCAAAACAAAUCGUGCGCGAUGGAUGUGGAGGACCUGCGGCUGAACCAGCAGCAGCUGCUGGCCGAGAUCUCAGCCCUGCUGCAGAGCACCGUGGAACCCAGUGACAACAACGCACUGCUGCUAAAUCAGGAGCUGCAGAGACGCCUCCUACAAGUCCGUGCCCAAAUCCUGGCCAUGCUGCAAGCGGUUCGGGAACGCUUCGCCCGGAACGAAGAAAUCUUGGUGCGCCGACUGAAGCCACGCGCCAAGUUUGGCCCGGAUUCCCUUAACCUGACCAUGAGCGGAGCGAUACUUCGGAAGGGCACGUUCCGCUUCAAGGGCAACAUGUUCUUUCGAGACGUCGACGGCAGGAGCUGUCCAAAUAACGAGGACUACGAGGAACGCUGCCACACGGAGAUGUUUCCCACCGACUUCGACAUGCACUCCCGCCACGUUUGGACUCUGCUGGACAAGAAGAACGUGAUCAUGGGGAUCAAGCAACAGUUACUUGAUCACAGCGCCCACAAGACAAACACAAAACCCAGCAGUAGCCUAAAGCGAAAGCCAACCGAACGGCACCUAAACACGCUGGUCAGUCUGCUGGCCACGGCGGAUAGCAGCUUUAGCAUCGACUGGAACCAGAUAAGCACCCUGGACCUGGAGUAUCGACACUCUCCGUAUAGCUGUGAGGCCAUGUGGCGGGUCUACCUGCACCCAGAGCUUAGGCGCGACGAUUGGGCGCCGGAAGAGGAUGAGACUCUGGUGACAGUGGCCUCUGCUAACCGGUUGCAGAACUGGGAGCUGAUAGCCUCGUCGGUGGACCGGCGUUCCGACUACCAGUGCUUCGUCCGGUUUCACACCGCCCUGCGACAUCUGCUGGAGCCGAAAGUGAACUCUCGGUGGAGCGACGAGGAUAACGACAGGCUCCGAGAGCUGGCUGAGAGGAACACAUCGAACGGCGUAAUUAACUGGAGGAAGGUAAUGGAGUACUUCCCAGACAAGUCCAAAUCGACGCUGAUUGGCCGUUACUACUAUGUGCUACAUCCCAGCAUCAGUCACGAGCCCUUUAGCACCAAAGAGGAUAUGAUGCUGUUCGCCGCCGUGGAGGAGUACAAUGGCAAGUUCCACUGCUUUCCGCGAUCCCUGUUCCCAAACCGAUCCUUGGCCCAGCUGCGAACACGCUACCACAAUGUUCUGGCACAGCGCAACAAGACCGACUCUUGGUCGGUGCAGGACGACACGCGGUUGAUGAGCUUCGUUACCCAGCACGGAGCUUCUCAGUGGCUGAACUGCGCCAAUGCCUUGGGCAAUCACUCGCGAACCAGCUGUCGAACGCGCUUCUUGGUCAUUAAGAAAUUCCUAGAACAGAAUCCCGAUGCCAAGGUAGAAGAUUUGCCUCGCCGGCGAUCGAAGAAGGUGCCCUUGGUCACUUCCGAUAACUGGGCUCAGCGUUUGCAAGAGUGGCAAGAGGACCCGGAUUCGUUAGUCACAGCUGAACAGAUUAAAGGGCCACGGAUACGAAAGCCCAACCCUAAAAGGGCUAGGAUCGAUCGAAAUGCAGAAAAUACGACCAAACUUUCCAAAGUCGACGUAGAACUGUGCGAGUUCUUCAAGUACAGCUACAACUUGCCACUGACAAUUCCAACAAACUUCCCGCUUCUUAAAGAUGCCCGUAAUCUGGCUUAUGUGGUCAGGGCCUUAAGUUAUAAGCCUCCAAUCCGUCCCUCGCUUCUUCAGAACAUCUCCUUGCCAACCGAGCUGCUUAAGUGCUACAAUAUCAUGAUGAGGAACCUGCCCGGUGAUGAAUGCGAUUCAAAAGGUGUUCUUCUACCGCCCAACUGGUCCACCAUGAUGGGCUUCCGAGCAAUGUGCAUUCUCUCCGGCGAUUGCCGCAAGGAGGGGAAGGAAGCCCCGAUUUGCGAGUAUAAGGAAUCUGCGCCUCCCAUCCAGCUUUUCCGUCAUCGACUGCGAGCUCUCUUCUACCGCACCACUCUUCUCAGUCGCUUGGAGACGCAACUCUUUUCGGAUUUACCCACAGCCUUAGUGUCCCUGCAACGACCCACACCACAUUUUGAAACACUGGGUGUCGAAGUUCUCUUAAACGACCCCGAACCAGAACCAAAGAAGAAUCUGAAAUCAGAGCCGCUCAGCGAAGACGAGAUGAUGAAUUUGAACACAGUAAAGCAGGAGGUGGAAAUGGAAUAUAUAGUUCCAUAAGGAUUGUUAAGUACAUGCAUAAGUUUACAG